AUGACAAUCAACAAUCUUGUGCUGCCCCGCCCCGGGACAAACAACACAAGCAACUCACCCCAAGUAAUCAAAGCCCCAUCCGAAGAGGCCUUCACCUCAAUCUUCGGCAAUCUCCUCCCAAAGGCCUCAUACCUCGAGACCCCAAUCGGACGCGCAGCAUACUACUCUCUCCCCCCAACUACAUCCACAUCAACCAAAACCCCCCGCGUGCUCUUCAUCCACGGAGUCCAAACACCCGCCCUAGGCCUCCAACCACUAUACAAGGCCAUCUCAGCCCGCUUCCCAUCCGCCCACUACGUCCUCGUAGAUCUAUGGGGCCACGGACUAAGCGACACGCCCGUCGUGCCGCACACGCCCGAGCUCUUCCACACCCUACUGCUAGCACUUAUGGAAGAACUGGGCUGGGCGGACGCGCAUGUGGUGGGGUACUCGUUCGGUGCGUCGACGACGGCGUCGUUCGUAGCGCGGUACCCGUCGCGUGUGAGCUCGAUGGUGCUCGUUGCGCCUGCGGGCCUGGUGCGCUCGGCGCAGUUUGACGAGGUCGAGCGCGGGUAUUUGGUUGGUGGGGAGGGUGUUGAUGAGGAUGCGGCGCGGGAGUGGGGGAUUGGAUGGUUGGAGGGCGGGGAGUUGGUUGUUCCUGCGGAUUGGGAGGAGAGGGUUGGACGGGGUGAGGUUGUUGCUGAGGCUGUGCGGGAGUGGGAGGGGAGGGUGCAUGAGGGGCAUGUGGGUAGUGUUGUGGGGAUACUGCGGGAUGGGGGCGUUUUUGAUAAUCAUGCGGCUUUUGAACAGGCUGCUGAAACGAAGACGCCGUCGCUGUGUAUUUUGGGGGAGUUGGAUGAUUUGUGUAGUGUGCAGGAGUUGAAGGACGUGGGACUGAGUAAUGUUGCUGUUGUUUCGGGGGUGGGACAUGGGGUUGUUAGACAAAGCGUGCCGGAGGUUGUUGAUCUUAUGGAUGCUCUUUAUCGUGCUGCUCUGCUCUCAUCGGGAUUUGAUGUGUAA